AUGAAUCUUCUUCAUCGGAGUGGAAAACGGCGGCGAUCAGAUUCAGAUUCAUUCUCGGGAAGCGGCGGCGACAGCGGUUUCAGCCCCCAGCUCCUGUCUGGGCCGGUGCUGAGUCCACCCCCSGGCUUGGGACGCAGCCUGAAGGCCGCAGGUGCAGGGGUAUGCAAGCAAACAGACCUGGAUGACCAAGUAGACAAGCUGCUAUUGGCAAACUGGGGACUUCCUAAAGCAGUUCUGGAGAAAUAUCACAGUUUUGGUGUAAAAAAAAUGUUUGAAUGGCAGGCAGAGUGCCUUUUGCUUGGACAAGUCUUGGAAGGAAAGAAUUUAGUUUAUUCAGCUCCUACAAGUGCGGGGAAGACUCUUGUUGCAGAAUUGCUUAUUUUGAAGCGGGUUUUGGAAAUGCGAAAGAAAGCUUUGUUUAUUCUUCCCUUUGUUUCUGUGGCUAAAGAGAAGAAGUACUAUCUYCAGAGCCUGUUUCAGGAAGUAGGAAUAAAAGUUGAUGGGUACAUGGGCAGUACCUCUCCAACAGGGCAUUUCUCUUCCUUGGAUAUUGCUGUCUGCACAAUUGAGAGAGCCAAUGGUCUUAUCAAUCGCCUCAUAGAGGAGAAUAAGAUGGAUCUACUGGGAAUGGUGGUUGUGGAUGAGUUACAUAUGUUGGGAGACUCUCACCGAGGAUAUCUGCUGGAACUUUUGCUGACCAAGAUUUGCUAUAUUACUCAGAAAUCAGCAUCUAGCCAGGCAGAUUUAGCCAGUCCUCUGUCUAAUGCGGUACAGAUUGUUGGAAUGAGUGCUACUCUUCCUAAUYUGGAGCUUGUGGCUUCCUGGUUGAAUGCUGAACUCUAUCAUACUGACUUUCGCCCUGUACCACUUUUGGAGUCAGUAAAAAUUGGAAAUUCCAUAUAUGACUCUUCAAUGAAGCUUGUGAGGGAAUUUCAACCCAUGCUACAAGUGAAGGGUGAUGAAGACCAUGUUGUUAGUUUGUGUUAUGAGACYGUUCGUGAUAACCAUUCAGUAUUACUUUUUUGUCCAUCAAAAAAAUGGUGUGAGAAACUGGCAGAUAUCAUUGCCCGAGAGUUUUAUAAUCUACACCAUCAAGCUGAGGGAUUGGUAAAACCAUCUGAAUUUCCACCAGUGAUUCUGGAACAAAAAGCCCUCCUGGAAGUAAUGGAUCAGUUAAAACGUUCACCUUCGGGACUGGACUUUGUAUUACAGAACACUGUCCCAUGGGGAGUAGCAUUUCAUCAUGCAGGGCUUACUUUUGAGGAGAGAGAUAUCAUUGAAGGAGCCUUUCGUCAAGGUCUCAUUCGAGUCUUGGCAGCAACUUCUACUCUUUCUUCUGGGGUGAAUUUACCUGCACGUCGUGUGAUUAUUCGGACUCCUAUUUUCAGUGGUCGACCUCUAGAUAUUCUUACUUACAAGCAGAUGGUUGGUCGUGCUGGCAGGAAAGGAGUUGAUACAAUGGGUGAGAGUAUCUUAGUUUGUAAGAAUUCUGAGAAAUCAAAGGGCAUAGCUCUACUUCAGGGAUCUCUAAAACCUGUUCGCAGCUGUCUGCAAAGACGAGAAGGAGAAGAAGUAACUGCCAGUAUGAUACGAGCUAUUCUGGAGAUAAUAGUUGGUGGUGUGGCAAGUACAUCAAAAGAUAUGCAGAUGUAUGCUUCUUGUACAUUUUUGGCUGCGACUAUUAAAGAAGGGAGGCAGGGAAUUCAGAGAAAUCAAGAUUCUGUCCAACUUGGAGCAAUCGAGGCCUGUGUGAUGUGGCUUCUAGAAAAUGAAUUCAUCCAGAUUACAGAAGACAGUGAUGGAACAGAAGGAAAGGUAUAUCGUCCAACACAUCUUGGUUCUGCUACCCUUUCUUCAUCACUUUCUCCAACUGAUACCUUAGAUAUUUUUGCUGACCUCCAAAGAGCAAUGAAGGGUUUUGUUUUAGAGAAUGAUCUUCAUAUUGUCUAUCUGGUGACACCUAUGUUUGAAGAUUGGACUACUAUUGAUUGGUAUCGAUUUUUUUGUUUAUGGGAAAAGUUGCCAACUUCUAUGAAAAGGGUGGCAGAGYUAGUAGGAGUUGAAGAAGGAUUCUUGGCUCGCUGUGUGAAAGGCAAAGUUGAAGCCAGAACUGAAAAACAGCAYCGGCAAAUGGCCAUCCACAAAAGGUUUUUCACCAGUCUUGUGCUACUAGACUUAAUCAGUGAAAUUCCUUUAAAGGAAAUAAAUCAGAAAUAUGGAUGCAAUCGUGGACAAAUUCAAUCUUUGCAACAGUYAGCUGCUAUUUAUGCAGGGAUGAUAACAGUAUUUUCCAACCGUCUGGGCUGGCACAACAUGGAACUACUACUUUCCCAGUUUCAGAAACGUCUCACAUUCGGCAUCCAGAGGGAGCUGUGUGACCUGAUUCGAGUAUCCUUGCUCAAUGCGCAGCGGGCCAGGUUCCUCUAUGCUGCUGGCUUUCUUUCUGUGGCAGAUCUUGCUAGAGCAGAUGUUGCUGAGGUGGAGGUGGCUCUGAAAAAUGCUGUGCCUUUCAAAAGUGCGCGAAAAGCAGUGGAUGAGGAAGAGGAAGCAGUUGAAGAACGUCGGAAUAUGCGAACUAUUUGGGUGACUGGCAGAAAAGGUUUAACUGAAAGGGAAGCAGCAGCCCUUAUAGUAGAAGAAGCCAAAAUGAUUCUGCAUCAGGACUUAGUUGAAAUGGGAGUGCAAUGGGAUCCUCACUCCCCUUUAAGUUCUGGUACAAAUUCACUGUCCAGAAGUGAGUCAGAACAGGAACACACGUUGAUAACCCAAACUACAAGUUCUCAUAAAAGAUUAACAUCAAAGAACAAAAGUAAUAUAAGAUUUAGUGAUUCUUAUAUUAAGCAUUCACCUGAUAUAGUGCAAGAUUUAGAUAAAACUAGAGAGUAUACAAGUUCCUUUCAUUGUAACUCCCAGGAUGGCAAUCAGGAACAUCAGAGAUAUUCCAUUUCCAGAGCAAGAAAGCGGGCUUCUUUGGGCAUACAUAAAAAGAAGCUGAGAACAUCUCUAAACAAAGGAAAAUCAGGCACUAGAAAAGUUGUUCAGACUUUCUCAUUAGAGAAAACAAAAAAAGCAGCUUUGAAUUUCAGUUCAGAAGAGAUGAACACAGGCUUUCAAUCUUGGAAUAAUAGAAAGCAUCAAAAACAGUCCACGGAUGGUAGUCCUGUGAAAGACUCUGGGCAGCGUGGAAUUGAUUUGAAAGGGCAGACUAUGUUUAGUCCUGAUGUUUGUGAAGAACCAUUUACCGUGGAUGAGAAGAAUAUAGAAUUUAGAAGUCCACAGCCAUUUGCCAAAAAUGUACCUUUUUACUCUAAGGGAAAUUACAACAAAACAUCAUUGCUGUUACAAACAGAGCAAAGCUGUUUAAAGAAAAGAACAACAACUAAUGAUAUUCUGGAGAAAUGUUCUGUCACAGGAUCCCAAAGCAAAACCAUGACUUGUCAAGCUACUAGUGUGGUUAGUAAAAACGGAAGAGGAUCAGCAGUUGUUGAAACAGAAAAAAUAAAUGCAGUGCUGAUACAAAGUGAUUUAAAAAAUCAGAAUGUUUCAGUGGUAUAUCAUGAUAGUCAUCCAGUUAAUCAGGUCCUGGAAAAGCAACAUGAUAAGCCAACAGACACUAACAUCAAACAGAAAGAAAUAAUACAGAGAAACAUGCCCUGUGAGGUAGUCAGUAGUUAUAUGCAUAAAGAGCCAGUUGUUACUGCGAUCACAUGUGAAAGUAUAAAGUUUAAUAGUAAGGAAAAUAAGCCAAAUCAUUUUCAGGCAUUAGGAGAUAAUAUACACAGAAGUGGAGUAACCCCUGGAAUAUUUCAGUCAAUGAGAACAUUUGGUAAAUCAGGAGGCCAGCAUGAGAAUUUUCUAAAUUCUUCUAGCAUAAAAGAAAAAACAAAUGCUUAUGUAACAAACAAAACUGAAAAUAAUUGUGUUUCUGACUUAGGUUUAGUCUGUGAUUUUGAAGAUAGUUUCUAUUUGGAUACUCAGUCAGAGAAAAUAAUUCAACAGGUGGCAACUGAAAAUGCCAAACCAGGAGCAAAAGACACCAACCUGGCAGCAGGGACAAUACAGAAGAGUGUAGAAAAACAGGAUCUGAACCCUUUCCACAGUGAGUCUCAUAUUUCUGGUGAACAGCAUUUCCCAGGAGUCACUAACCAAGAGAGGUUGGACCUGAAGACCACAGAAACUGUGAAACAGAGCACUGAACAAGAGGUCGAUAGUCUGACUCCAGAAAGCCUGGUUUUUCAUUCUCCAGUUCUAUUGGAGGAAAAUAGCCCUUGCUUUAAAGGGAAUGAACUUUCUGUUACUGACUCACAAUUAAAUAGUUUUCUUCAAGGUUAUCAAACGCAAGAAAUGGUAAAACCAGUCACACCUGUGGUUCCUUGGAAGAGCUCUCCCACUGAUACUGAGGGAGAAUGUCUGCCUGGUCCUGAGAUAAGUUUGAAUAUGAGUGAUAGUUUACUGUUUGACAGUUUUAGUGAAGACUUCCUAGUAAAAGAACAACCACUUGAUGUACAAAUGAAAGAACCCCUUCCUCCUGAAACAACAUCAAACCAUUUCAGUKAUUCUGUUUGUAUACAAGAGGACCCAGUGAAAAUAUCCAAUGUGAAUGUGCAUCAAGGCAUUUUGCAGCAGUUGACCUGUGUCAAUGAUGAAUCUAUUAUGUUUUCAGAAGUGGAUUCUGUUCAGAUGGUUGAAGCUUUGGAUAAUGUAGAUAUAUUUCCUGUCCAAGAGAAAUGUAAUUCUGUGGUAUCUCUUAAAGCAUUAGGUAGAAGUGAUUCAGUGAUUGUGAAUAAUGGACAUCUGCAUGGAGAAGUAAUUGGAGGAGAUGAAGAUGAUGAAAAGGCUUCAAAGUCCAGAUUAACUGGGACAAAGCAAAAUAAUUCAUUCGGAUGGUCAGGGGCAUCAAUUGACUUAAGUCCAGAAUUACAAAGGAUUUUAGAUAAAGUUUCCAGUCCUCUGGAAAAUGAGAAGCCAAAAUUAACAACUAAAAACUUGUCUAGUUUAAAAGGUGAAAAUACAGAGUUACAUGAGAGGAAAGAAGUGAUUUUAAAUUUGGAAACAAAUCAAGUACAGGCAAUUUCAAUUUUCCCUAAUAAUGAAGUAAAAAGCAAGAUUGAGGCAUUAGAGAGCAGUGCCAAACAUGGUGAAACCUCAUUCCACUUGCCUUGUAAAGAGGGCUUGAUAGCUGAUGAUAAUGGUCUCAUUCCUCCUACACCCAUUCCAGCAUCUGCUUCUAAGCUGGUAUUUCCAGAAAUGCUUGGAGCAUCUGUAAAAGUUCAGAAAACAAGUAACGCUUUACAGCCUGGUGAAGAUUGCACAUUUGGCUCAACUUUAGAUAAUAAAAAGCAAGAUUUAAUGUUAGAGAAUAGAAACAAAUUCCAGGAGGACAAUCUUGUUAGAGACACAAGUUUUUCCCUGCAGUUGUCACAGGAUGGAUUACAGUUAACUCCAGCCUCGUGCAGUUCAGAAAGUCUGGCCAUCAUAGAUGUAGCAAGUGACCAAACUCUCUUUCAAACAUUCAUUAAGGAGUGGCAGUGCAAAAAGCGAUUUUCCAUCUCACUGGCUUGUGAAAAGAUUAGAAGUUUGACAUCUUCUAAAACUGCUACUAUUGGUGGUAGGUUUAAGAAAGAGAUUAGUGCCAGUUUGGUACCACCUUCUCUGGAUCCAGGCCUGACUGUGAAAGACAGGAUGUGGCAUCUUCAGUCAUGCUUGCAGAAGGAGUCUGAUAAGGAAUGUUCUGUCAUCAUCUAUGAUUUCAUCCAGAUCUAUAAGAUUCUUCUUCGGUCAUGUGGCAUCUCUCUGGAACAAAGUUAUGAAGACCCUAAGGUGGCAUGCUGGCUACUAGAUCCAGAUUCAAAGGAACCAACUCUUCAUAGCAUAGUUACCAGUUUUCUUCCUCAUGAGCUCCCACUCCUAGAAGGAUUGGAGACAGGCCAAGGAAUUCAAAGCCUGGGGCUGAAUGUCAACACUGAGCAUUCUGGGCGGUACAGAGCGUCUGUAGAGUCCAUUCUCACUUUCAGUUCCAUGAAUCAACUCAAUUCUUUGUUGCAGAAGGAAAACCUUCAAGAUAUUUUCUGUAAAGUAGAAAUGCCUUCUCAAUACUGCUUAGCUUUGCUGGAACUCAAUGGAAUUGGCUUUAGUACUGCAGAAUGUGAAAGUCAAAAACAUAUCAUGCAAGCCAAGCUGGAUGCAAUUGAGACUCAGGCCUAUCAACUAGUUGGCCACAGCUUUUCCUUCACCAGUGCGGAUGACAUUGCCGAGGUUUUAUUUUUGGAAUUGAAGUUGCCACCAAAUGGAGAAAUGAAAAUUCAAGGCAGCAAGAAAACUUUGGGUUCUACCAGAAGGGGGCAUGACGGUGGACGCAAGUCAAGGCUGGGGAGAAGAUUCAGCACUAGUAAGGAUGUUUUAAAUAAAUUAAAGGCAUUACAUCCUUUACCAGGCUUGAUAUUAGAGUGGAGAAGAAUCACUAAUGCUAUUACCAAAGUGGUCUUUCCCCUGCAGCGGGAAAAGCGUCUGAAUCCUUUUCUUGGAAUGGAAAGAAUCUAUCCUGUAUCACAGUCACACACAGCUACAGGACGAAUAACUUUUACAGAACCAAAUAUCCAGAACGUGCCAAGGGAUUUUGAGAUCAAAAUGCCAACACUAGUAGAGGAAAGUCCUCCUUCCCAGGCCCCAGGGAAAAGCCUGCUUCUCACCGGCAGAGGACAAAAUAAGAAGAGUUGCGUCCCAAACCCUGGACACCAGGCACAGAUGGGCAAGAAAGCUGCAGACAGAGGGAUGCCGUUUGCGGUGAGCAUGCGCCAUGCCUUCAUCCCUUUUCCAGGUGGCUUAAUAUUGGCUGCUGAUUAUUCUCAGCUUGAACUGAGAAUCUUGGCUCAUUUAUCUCAAGAUUAUCGUCUCAUUCAUGUAUUAAACACUGGAGCUGAUGUUUUCAGGAGCAUCGCAGCAGAAUGGAAGAUGAUGGACCCACAGUCUGUUGGAGAUGAUCUGAGGCAACAAGCAAAACAGAUUUGCUAUGGAAUCAUUUAUGGGAUGGGAGCUAAAUCUCUAGGAGAGCAGAUGGGCAUUAAAGAAGAAGAUGCUGCUUGCUAUAUUGAUUCCUUCAAGUCCAGGUACACAGGGAUUAAUCAUUUCAUGAAAGAGACAGUGAAGAAUUGUAAAAGAGAUGGCUUUGUUCAGACCAUUUUGGGAAGGCGAAGGUACUUGCCAGGAAUCAAAGACAACAACCCUUAUCAUAAAGCUCAUGCUGAGCGUCAAGCCAUCAACACUACAGUCCAAGGAUCAGCGGCUGAUAUAGUCAAAAUAGCCACAGUUAACAUUCAGAAGCAACUAGAGACCCUCCACUCAACCUUCAAGUCCCAUGGCCAUCGGGAGGGUAAGCUCCAGAUCAAUAGAACAGGAUUGUUACCAAAGAGAAAACUGCAAGGGAUGUUCUGCCAGAACAGAGGAGGCUUCUUCAUCCUUCAACUUCAUGAUGAACUGUUAUAUGAAGUGGCAGAAGAGGAUGUUGUCCAGGUAGCUCAGAUCGUCAAGAAGGAAAUGGAGAGUGCCAUAAAGCUUUCUGUGAAAUUGAAAGUGAAAGUGAAAAUAGGUGCUAGCUGGGGAGAGCUGAAGGACUUUGAUAUAUAA